UUUAAAUUUAUUUUGUUUAUAUAUUAGGCACCAGAGUUGUUUAACCCAGAUCAUGCAAGAAUAGCUUUGCAAACAGUAACAAAUGUACUUCUAGGGCCACUGGGUAUGAAAACUCUAGAUCCAUCUGAUUGGGCGUAUGAUGGCUUUUACAAUAAUGAUAACGAUACUACUGAUUUAAAAGUAGCCAAUGGUUUCAAUUAUCACCAGGGACCUGAAUGGUUGUGGCCUGUUGGUUUCUUUUUAAAAGCAAAACUAACAUUUUCCACAAGUCAACGAGAAACUUCAUCUGAAAUUCAAGGUAUACUAUCCAAACAUUUUGAACACAUAAAAACAUCAGUUUGGAAAGGAUUACCUGAAUUAACCAAUAAAGAUGGAGCUUUUUGUGCUGGAUCAUGUCCAACUCAAGCCUGGAGUGUUGCUACAAUUCUUGAGUUGUAUCAUGAAAAACAACCUAUUCAAGUGCGCACGUCUUAUGGUUCUGCAGUAUUGGCAAUGAUCGCCAAAAUAUUUUAACCCCAUAUACUAAUAAACUUUAAUGGCUAUUACAAACUUGAACCAAAUUUAAAUUAAAUUUGUUAGAAUACUAUUUAGUCAUUAUUAUUUAUAUUAAAUGUUAAUACUUUAAUGAAAAUCAUUGUGGAAGUUAAAAAUGUAUAAUUCAACUAGACUGAUAAGAAUUUUUUUACCAAAUAUGUGUCAUAAAGAAUUUGUUGUUCAUUUUAUAGAACAGAUUGAUUUUAUUUUUGUAUACCUAUACCAUUAUUGAAUUAUUGUGAAAUUUCUAUUUUUUAUUAUAGUAUAACAUUAAUUGAGUAUUUGAUAAUGAAACUACAACAAUCUAUUACUUACAUUUAAAGAAACACUUUAUAUUUUACUAUUCUCUAUCUUUUUUAUUGAUGGAUUUUGUUUUUAAAAUUAAUUACUAUCAUUUUUAGUUUGCUUUAACUGGAUUUAUGAGUGUUAAUAAAUUAUUAUCUAGUAGGUACUAUAGAUUAUAUAAUUGCACUUAAGUAUAUACAGUUUAAACUAUUAACUAAUGUGUAAACUGGCUAACACUACACAGGCGUAUAAAAUAUAAUAAAUUAUAUUUUAUACGUCUGUAUAAUAGUUAAAACUUUAUUAAAUAUUUUAUUAUUAUUCAAAUAAUCAAAAAUAAUAAUAAAAUAUUUAUUAAUGUAAUAAAAUAUUCUUCAGUGAAAUUUGUAGUCUAUAUAUUAUCUAUGUACGACGUACCUACUAUAAAAAAAAAAAAAUGAUGAUUAUUAAUAUUAUACUAUCUAGAAAACAAUUAAAUAUACAGUAAAUAUACUAUCUAUAAGAUUCUGUGUUAUGAAGUAGAUACUAUAUUUUCUUCUUAUUUUAAUUACUGCAG